AUGGUAAUUAAUUUUUUGUAAUAGUUAAAACAAACAAUUUGAAUAUCUUACGAGACGAUAUCUCAGUUGGUUAAAGCGGUGUGCGUAGAACACGAAUAGGUGGGUUCGAAUUCCCGCGUGGACCAAUUUUUUUGAAUUAUUCAUCAAAUUUGUUUUCACUUCGGUGUUCAAAAAUAAUUUUCAUUAUUUCGUAGGGGUAAUUUUGGAAUUUGUUUGGGGAAAAAUGUGCUUUGUGGGUACCUAUAGACACGAGACAAAAUAUUACUCGUCGUAUGCAACCGUUAGUCAAUACCAUUCUUCAUUUUUGUGUUAGUGUCACAUACAUACUGGGACCUGAGACUCUUGAAUUAAAAGAAGAAGAAAAACAGGUUAUGUUUGACCAAAAAUGUAAAAAAAUUAUAAAAUAAUCCAUAGAAAAAUAAAAAGAAAUAAUCUCAAAGUCUAAAAAUUUUAUGACAUGUAGAAAUAAAAUGUCUCUUAACAAAGUGUUAUUGUCAUUUAUGUUACGAAAUUCUUUAAGGAACGACAUCUACCUAAAUAGAAAAUGUUUCACAACCUUUCCAUUAGGUGUAUGCAAUUCAUUUUCAUCAAAAGCAAGCAGUGAAACUCAAGAAAAAUCCAACAAAAAGAAAACCGCAGCAAUUCCCAAAAUUACAUUAUUAAAUGGUGAAGAAUUAACAGUUACUACUCUAGAAGAAGCUCAAAAAUUAUCAAAAAGGAGGGAUCUUAAAUUAGUAAAACUUGUCGAUUUCGAAACAAAAACACAGAGGCCCGUAUACAAAUUACUGUCUGGCAGUGAAUACCAUUCUGAAGAUAUAAAACAAAGAGCACUGAAAAAAGAAACUAGGAAAAAUUCGAUUAAAGGUGAAAAAGUGUUGAUGAUUAAUCACAAUAUCUUUGAACACGAUUUGCAAACUCACAUUAAAAAAAUGAAAAAGUGGCUAGACGGAAUGUAUGAAGUUAAAAUAGUUAUUAAUGGAGAUAUAAGCAAUAUGGAAAAAGCAGAGUCUGUGUACAACAUUAUAGAAAAGUCUAUUGGUAGUGAAAUCAAAUUUGUACAAAAACGACAAAAAGGGUCUGACAUUAGGUUUCAGAUACUUCCUCCACCUAAGAAAAGCAAUAAUGAAGAGAAAUUAUGACUAAAAAUUAAAAUUUCUGUAUCGGUUUUUGUCAUUAUGUUAUUAAAAUAUUAUCUGUAUUAUAAAUAUACAAAAUUUUAAAUAUAAUUAAGUUUGAGAAAUU